GUUGUCACCUGCCCCGGCGGGUAUGCCGAUCGAUGUUGCGGAUGAGGACUGCGCGGUUCCCCUCCCGCCAGCCAAGCGCCGCCGGAAAGUGGUUUCGAUCCCAGUUCCAGCAGAGACCUCAAUACACCUGACCGAGGAGGAAAGGGAGCUGCAACAAAGGCACGAAUGCCUGACUACUGCCUUGCAGCUAUACCAGCCUGCCUCUGCAGGGGCGCAGCCGGGACUGCGCUUGAUCCUUCCGCCCUGCAUCAUGGAAGGGGAAAACCACUUCACGCUAUGCCCGCUCGAGGUUCUUGCAACAGACUGCCUUCACAGGCGAUGGGUUGCAUUUGCACAGUUCGAGGAGAUCCUGAACGGCAUGCCCAAGACCUCGGACACCAGACAUCCCUCUCCGCUGGAGCCUAUCAUGCAGGACCAAAAGACCAUGUUCUUCGGAGCAUACGCGCAGGGGCCAUUGGACGGACUCAGGACGCAGACGCGGAGAUACCCCAUGGUGAUUCGGCUUCUCAACACCGUAAUCCACACUCUGUGUGGACCCGUAUCGCGCUCUACGCUGUUCCUCUCCCGAAACAGGGCGAUAGGCUUGCGCACGGACCCGAACAAUCACCGAGAUGUCCCCAAUUAUCUCAUUCCCCUCUCCAACUUCGAGGGCGGCCAGCUGUUCAUCGAAUCCCAGAACGGAGACUACAGCCUUGAUGAGAACGGCAUGCGGGGAUACGUCCAUGAGGUAACGCUCCCCUUCCUGCGGUUCAAUGCGCGUCGACGACAUAUGGUACUGCCCUGGUAUGGACGCAGGCUCAUCCUUGGGGCCUUUCAUGUUAAGGAAACUCAGACGCUGUCAGAGCCUACGCGACAGCUGCUCAUGAGCCUUGGCUUCCUGCUACAAGCACGUCUCACGGACAAGGGCCACGGCGUCGCUGGCUGUGUCGGGACGUGCCCCUCUGCAGUUUGCAACGGAGCUGUUUGCUUCGACUAA